GGAGGUUUAUGGCAGGGAGUUUCUCCCCUUUGCCGCCUGCUAUCGGGGACUCGGGAGUCAAUCGACUCGGGGACUUUGAGACUUUUUUUUACCAUGCCCAUGAGAUGGCUCAGAACGACACGGGAGGAAGUUUUUUCAACUAUUCAAACAACACAGCGGAAGACAAGUGCGCACCAGACCGCAGGAACAGCCAAGUGAUCUUCUCAGUGCUUUACACCAUUCUCUUCAUUGUUGGCCUGUUGAUGAACAGUCUGGCCAUUUGGGUGUUCUUUGAAAUACCAAGCAAGUCAAACUUUAUUGUAUACCUUAAGAACACAGUUGUGGCUGAUGUUCUAAUGAUCGUAACAUUCCUGUUUAAAAUUAUUGUUGAGUCGCAGUUCAGAACACCCAAGCUCCAAGUCUUUGUCUGUCAAGUUAGUUCAGUCAUUUUCUACCUUACCAUGUACAUCAGCAUCAUUUUUCUAAUGCUGAUAAGUACUGACCGCUACCAGAAGACAGCAAGGCCAUUUGGCCGUUCAGGAAUCUGCAAACCCAGAACCACAAAAGUUCUCUCAGCAACCAUAUGGGUGGCCAUGUUUUUCCUGGUGUUGCCCAAUAUGUUGCUGUACAAGGGCAGCACCAUGCCCGUAAAUGAGCGCAAAUGCUCCUCGCUCAAGACCCAGCUGGGACUGAAGUGGCACGAGUUGGUGAACUUCGUCUGCCAGAUCAUUUUCUGGAGCAGCCUGGUAAUAAUCGUUGUGUGCUAUGUCCUGAUAAGCAGGGAGCUUUAUAAAUCCUAUCUGAAAACGAGAGGCAACUCCAACAAAAAAAAGAAAAUCAACCUGAAUGUUUUUCUUGUGUUGGCUGUGUUCUUUAUCUGCUUUGUGCCUUUUCAUUUUGCCAGAAUCCCAUACACCCUUAGCCAGACCCGAGAUGCUUUCAGGUGUUCGGUCCAGGUUGCCCUGUACUACAUAAAGGAAGGCACACUGAGCAUGAUAGCAUUAAAUGCUUGCUUUGAUCCAUUAAUUUACUUUUUUCUUUGUAGAUCAUUCAAGAACAUGCUAUUCACAAAACUGAGCCUCUGCACAAAGAGACUGGCUAAAACACAGACCAACGUAAACUCAAGCAUGGACACUUCAGUCUAAAGUAGGCCAAUGUGACACUGACAAAUUCCAAACAUUCUCGGUAAGGGAUGGCCAACAUGUGUGCAGGGUCAACUCAAAGAAACAGUACAGGUGUAGGGAAAUUGCCGGUUCAAUUCUGCCUCAAGAUUCAAAGUCAAUGUCAAUUUUUUUUGUAAUUUCCACCUGUUUUGAUUACAAGGAAGCAAGGCUUCAAAGUCAAGUUUUGAACGAUGAACUUUGAAGAAAGCAAGACUUGCACUUGCAUGAACACUUAUCAUGACCCAAAGUCAAAGUAAAAUUUAUUACCAAAGGAUGUAUAUGUUACCUUGGGAUUAAUUUUCUUGUAGGCAUUUACAGGAAAAUAAAGAAUGACAAUAGAAAUUAUGAAAAAAUAUACUUAGACAGACAGACAACCGAAGUGCAAGAGAAGACAAAUUGUGCAAAUAAAAAGUAACAUCAAUAACAUGAGUUGCAUUAUAAAUGCAAAAUGCAAGCAAACAAAUAUGGCAAAAUUAGACCCAAAGUUGGAAGUUUAAAUGGAUUUAUUGAAUGAUCUGAGUGUAGAUGGUAUUCUGUAGAACUGUCUCAGGUAGAGCGUAUUAAGCUGUGAUACAGCAAAAUGUAUCUACUUAUAUCUUCAAAAAUAUCUACUUCUAUCUUCAAUGCAGUAAAAAAUCCCAAUGAGAUUUAGAUGUAAACCCUUGUAGAAGAAGUUUUGAAUGCCUUCUUUAUUCGACUUCGGAUAAAAUGCGUGCAAUCGAGAUGUACAGUACUGUGCAAAAGUCUUAUGCACAUAUAUAUAGCCAGGGUGCCUAGGACUUUUGUACAGAACUGUAGUAAUUUUAUGUUUUGCACUGUACUGCUACCGCAAAUAAAAACAGAUUUCAUGACAUAUAUGAGUGUGAUG